AUGGCGCUGAAAUUUCACCAACAGAUCAUAUCAGACCUUCUCGAGGACUCUAAUGGCGGAUUAGUAAUCCUCUCUUCAGGUCUCUCCCUCGCUAAACUAAUCGCUUCUCUUCUAAUCCUUCAUUCACCGUCUCAAGGAACUUUACUUCUCCUUCUCUCUCCCGCUUCUCAAUCUCUCAAAUCCAGAAUCAUCCAUUACAUCUCCUCUCUAGAUUCUCCUACUCCGACGGAAAUCACCGCCGAUCUUCCGGCGAAUCAGCGUUAUUCGUUAUACUCCUCCGGUAGUCCUUUCUUCAUCACGCCGCGGAUUCUAAUCGUCGAUCUCCUUACUCAACGGAUUCCGGUUUCUUCACUUGCCGGUAUCUUCAUCCUCAAUGCUCAUUCUCUUUCCGAAACCUCCACUGAAGCUUUCAUAGUGCGAAUCGUUAAAACCCUAAAUGGCUCCGCUUAUAUACGCGCCUUCUCCGAUAGACCGCAAUCAAUGGUCUCCGGUUUCGCUAAGACGGAACGAACCAUGCGUGCUCUCUACCUCCGUAAACUCCAUCUGUGGCCCAGGUUUCAGUUGGAUGUGACUCAGGAAUUAGAGCAAGAACCACCGGAAGUUGUGGAUAUUAGGGUUUCAAUGUCGAAUUAUAUGGUGGGGAUACAGAAAGCAAUCCUUGAAGUUAUGGAUGCUUGCCUUAAGGAGAUGAGGAAGACUAAUAAGGUUGAUGUUGAUGAUUUGACUGUAGAGAGUGGUUUGUUUAAGUCCUUUGAUGAGAUUGUUAGGAGGCAGCUUGACCCAAUUUGGCAUACUCUAGGGAAAAGAACUAAACAGCUUGUUUCUGAUUUGAAGACUUUAAGGAAGUUGCUUGAUUAUCUUGUUAGGUAUGAUGCUGUGAGUUUUCUGAAGUUCUUGGAUACACUCAGGGUAGCGGAGAGCUAUCGAUCUGUUUGGUUAUUUGCAGAGUCGAGCUAUAAAAUAUUUGAUUUUGCAAAGAAACGAGUGUAUCGUCUCAUGAAGGCAAGUGACGUCAAGUCAAAAGAACAUGUUAAGAAUACAAGUGGUAAAAAGAGAAAAGUAAAGGGCAAUAAUGCUUGUGUAGAAGCAGUUGGUGGUGCAACGACAACAACUAAUGUGGCUACUGGCGUUGUUAUUGAAGAAGUCCUCGAAGAGGCACCAAAAUGGAAAGUCUUACGUGAGAUUUUAGAAGAGAUACAAGAAGAAAGACAAAAGCAGUCUCUAUCUGAAGAAGACAACUGUGACAACAAUGGUAUAGUUCUCGUGGCUUGCAAAGAUGAGCGUUCCUGCAUGCAGCUUGAAGAUUGCAUCACGAACAAUCCACAUAAGGUAAUGCGGGAAGAAUGGGAAAUGUACCUGCUGAGCAAAAUUGAGCUCCGCAGUGUGCAUACACCGCAAAAGAAGAAACAAAAGACUCCCAAGGGUUUUGGGAUUCUCGAUGGAGUCGUUCCGGUAACUACUAUGCAGAACUCAGAGGGUGGCAGUGUUUGCAGACAAGAACAUGAGGCUCUUAUUGCUGCUGCGUCCUCUAUUCGCAAGCUAGGAAAGACAAUGGACAUGGCUUCUGGAAAUACUAAUCCAGAGGCUCAAGUCGAUAAGGCUUCCUGUACCAAAGGAAAGGCUAAAAAGGAAGUAUCAAGUCUUCGGAGAUCCAUAAGAAGCUGCAAUAAGAAAAAGGCGAACAGUGAACCUGAAAUCUUAACAGGCUCAGAAAAUGUAGAAAAAGCUAGUGAAGCUAGCACAUCAACCCCUCGAGAAGCCAAUGUUGUUCACCCCAACAGUGCUAAGAAGCUACCGCCUGUGCAUUUUUAUGCCUUAGAAAGCGAUCAACCUAUACUAGAUAUCUUGAAACCGUCUGUGAUCAUUGUCUAUCAGCCUGACAUGGGUUUCGUCAGAGAAAUUGAGGUGUACAAAGCAGAGAACCCUCUGAAAAAGCUGAAGGUUUAUUUUCUUUUCUAUGAUGAGUCCACAGAAGUGCAGAAGUUCGAAGCAAGCAUACGCCGGGAAAAUGGAGCGUUUGAAUCAUUGAUCAGGCAGAAGUCUUCGAUGAUUAUUCCCGUCGAUCAGGAUGGGCUUUGCAUGGGGUCGAAUUCAUCUACAGAUUAUCCAGCUUCAAGUACUCAAAACUCAGUAACCCGAAAAGCAGGUGGAAGAAAGGAAGUAGAAAAAGAAACACAGGUAAUAGUUGACAUGAGGGAGUUCAUGAGCAGUCUACCAAAUGUUCUUCACCAGAAAGGAAUGAAGAUAAUACCGGUUACAUUAGAGGUUGGUGACUAUAUCCUCUCGCCGUCAAUAUGCGUAGAGAGAAAAAGCAUUCAGGAUCUUUUCCAGAGCUUCACAUCAGGUCGUUUAUUCCACCAAGUGGAAAUGAUGUCCCGUUAUUACAGAAUACCCGUUCUUCUCAUCGAAUUCUCUCAAGACAAAAGCUUCUCGUUUCAGUCUGCGAGUGAUAUAUCAGAUGAUGUGGCUCCAUAUAACAUCAUAUCGAAACUAUCAUUGCUAGUUCUACAUUUUCCUCGGUUAAGGAUACUAUGGUCUCGAAGUCUACAUGCAACCGCAGAAAUCUUCACUACCUUAAAAUCCAACCAAGACGAACCCGAUGAGACCCGAGCAAUAAGGGUUGGUGUGCCUUCAGAAGAAGGUAUCAUAGAAAAUGACAUCAGAGCCGAGAACUAUAACUCAUCUGCAGUAGAGUUUCUGAGAAGGCUUCCCGGAGUUUCGGACGCAAACUACAGAUCGAUAAUGGAGAAUUGUAAGAGUUUGUCUGAGCUAGCGUCUUUGCCUGUAGAGAAAUUGGCAGAACUCGUGGGUGGUCACAAAGCUGCUCGUACUCUCAGAGAGUUUCUUGAUGCCAAGUACCCAACUUUGCUUUAA